UGGGCCUGUGGGCUUUAAAAGGCCCAUAAUUGUAGUAACUCUUACUAUACUCAUUGCUGUAUCUGAUCAUUACUUCAGAUAUCUGAAUUAUCCACAAAAAUCUAAAAUCGAAAGCAUUUUUUUUUCCCAAUUUCGAAAAAUGUCAUUAACCGCACAAUUCUCGCCGCCGGUCACCGGAAAAACCAGGAGCGUCCGGGAUUUGAAAUCUCCACCGUCCUCUCUCCGUGUAUUUCCGGUUUACACUGAUAUCAGAACUCCAGAGAUGAGAAGUCUUAAGAAAUCGUCGUAUCAAGUGGCUAAGGCUAUCGAACAAAGACGAGAUACAGCUGGAUCUGAAUCGGAGUCAGAAGCGACUCCGUCACCGGCGGAAGAGAGUGGAAACGGAGGAGAUAAGGAAGUGGAGAUUAACGCAAUCGGAGCAGAGAUAAAAGCGGCGAUGGAGCAGAGGAAAGCGGCGGAGGAAGAGAAAGGAAAGAACGAGUUUCUUAGUGGAGUUGCGGAGGAAGUGAAGGAGAUUGAGUGGCCGGCGUUUCAGAAAGUUCUCGGAACUACCGGCGUCGUGCUCGGUGUUAUCGCUGGCUCUAGCGUUGUUUUGCUUACCGUCAAUUUCCUUUUGGCUGAACUCUCUGAUCGUGUGUUCAUCGGAAAAGGUGUUCAAGACUUCUUCAGUUGAAAAUGGUAAAAUUUGUGUGUACAAUUUUAGUGAUUGCAAUGAGAAAUUUGAAACAUUGUUGAUUUUGUGUAGAUGAUAAAGAGAAUUAUCAGAAUCA